GAGCCGCAGAGUCAGAGUCAGAGCCGGAGUCAGAGCCAUCCGCCCAUUCAAUCGAUCAGUCAGUCGUAGUGUCCCAGUAGUGCCAUCUACUCCGACGAUCGUCGACGACAUAUAAAAGUUUCCUUGACUGCAGUCGAAGGCCGGCAGCCCCAGCAUAAACAUCGUUAUUCCGCCAAAGAAUGUUGCGCAUACGCAGUGUGGUUCUUUCCAUAAUAGUUAUGGCCCUAACGCUAGUAGCUGCCAAACAGGAUACCACAGCUCGUCAGUUUGGUGGCCAGGGCUUUGGUAAUGGCCUAGGAUCUGGUGUGGGAACUGGAGCGGGCUUCGGUCCCGGUGCCCUCUAUCCUGGUGGCCAGGGUGGCUAUGGCCCCUCGCCCCAGCAGCCGGGCUGUCCUCUGUGCGACUCCUCCGUCUACAGCUACUGCUCUCAUAAAAUGGUCCACGAUGCCUGUUGCUGCGACUUUCCAGCCUCUGCCCCUCAGUUGCGACCACCCCAGUGCUCGUUCUACGACUGCUCCCUGCUCUAUGCCAAGUCCUGCUACGAGCACCUCCUCAUCAGGAACUGUUGCUGCAAUAAUCCCUACUAAAGCUUACACUACUCUUACCCAUGAUUUUAUUUAUUUAAUAACUUUCUUGUAAUUUAAGCCGACACUAAAUACAAUUAAGUAAAUUAUUUAAUUCCUGUUUUGUUUAAUGUUCAGUCGUAUUAUGGGAGAUGAGGAUUAUUUCCCCAAUAAAGU